CGGUCUGUCCCGGGCUGUUUGAGUCGUCCGGCGGCGUGAGUGACAGCUGGGAAGCCUCCGCCCAGAACCGCUACAGACGGGCGGACUGCCUUCUCCCCGUAACCCCGCUACCAGGAGCUGCAGGAAUGACCGACAAUAUCCCCCUGCAGCCCGUGAGACGGCCGAAAAGACACGACAGUAAACACAGGAAUGGGUGCUGCCCGUGGUCAAGAUGCUGUGGCAUGGGUGACUUCCGUCCCCGCACCGUGUGGCUCGGCCACCCAGAAAAGAGGGAGCAGAGGUACCCCAGGAAUGUCAUUAACAACCAGAAGUACAACUUCUUCACCUUCCUGCCUGCGGUGCUGUUCAAUCAGUUCAAGUACUUCUUCAACUUGUACUUUUUGCUUUUGGCCUGCUCUCAAUUUGUCCCAGAGCUACGCUUAGGGGCGCUCUACACCUACUGGGUCCCUUUGGGUCUUGUUUUGAUUAUAACCAUCAUGAGAGAGGCAGUUGAAGAAAUAAGAUGCUACCUUCGAGACAAAGAAGUGAACUCCCAGAUUUACAGCAAGCUUUCAACAAGAGGCACAGUGAAGGUCAAAAGCAGCGGUAUUCAAGUUGGAGAUCUUAUAAUUGUGGAAAAGAACCAGCGUGUUCCUGCUGACAUGAUCUUUUUAAGGACCUCUGAAAGAAAUGGCUCUUGUUUCCUGCGGACUGACCAGCUGGAUGGAGAGACGGACUGGAAACUACGCCUCCCAGUGGCCUGCACGCAGAGACUGCCAACUGCUGCCGACCUUCUGCAGAUCAGAUCAUAUGUGUACGCAGAAGAACCAAACAUUGAUAUCCACAACUUUAUUGGAACUUUCACCAGGGAAGAUGGGGACCCACCGGUUAACGAAAGUCUCAGCAUUGAAAACACUCUGUGGGCCAGCACCGUUGUUGCCUCUGGCACAGUGGUGGGAGUUGUGAUUUACACAGGCAGGGAGCUGCGUAGUGUCAUGAACACCUCCAACCCAAGGCACAAGGUGGGUUUGUUUGACUUGGAAGUGAACUGUUUGACUAAGAUCCUGUUUGGGGCCCUGGUGGUGGUGUCACUGGUUAUGGUGGCCCUCCAGCACUUCGCUGGACGUUGGUACCUCCAGAUAUUCCGCUUCCUGCUGCUUUUCUCUCACAUUGUGCCCAUAAGUUUGCGUGUCAAUCUGGAUAUGGGGAAGAUGGUUUUCAGUUGGAUGAUUAAGAAAGACUCCAAGAUCCCUGGGACGAUGGUGAGAGCCAGCACCAUACCUGAACAGCUUGGACGCAUCUCCUAUCUGCUGACUGACAAAACAGGGACUCUUACCCAAAAUGAAAUGGUGUUCAGAAGGCUCCAUCUUGGAACUGUUGCUUAUGGGAUGGACUCGAUGGAUGAAGUACAGAGCCAUGUGUUCAGCGCCUACACACAGCCCACCCACGACCUUCCAGCCUCCAGGGCUCCGGCAGCCACCAAGGUCCGCAAGACCAUCAGCAGUAGAGUUCAUGAGGCUGUGAAGGCCAUCGCCCUAGUGCACAACGUGACACCAGUGUACGAGGCCAACGGUGUGACAGACCAGGCCGAAGCCGAGCAGCAUUAUGAAGACACAUGCAGAGUCUACCAGGCCUCGAGCCCAGAUGAGGUGUCGCUGGUGCAGUGGACUGAGAGUGUUGGUCUGACCCUGGUGGGUAGAGACCAGUCCUCCAUGCAGCUGCGGACCCCUACUGGCCAAAUACUGAACUUCACCAUCCUGCAGAUAUUCCCCUUCACCUAUGAGAGCAAGAGGAUGGGAAUCAUUGUGCGAGAUGAAUCGACAGGAGAGAUCACGUUCUACAUGAAGGGUGCUGAUGUGGUGAUGGCAGGCAUCGUUCAGUAUAAUGACUGGCUGGAAGAGGAGUGUGGAAACAUGGCGAGGGAAGGCCUGAGGGUCCUUGUGGUCUCCAAGAAGUCCCUGACAGAAGAGCAGUAUCAGGAUUUUGAGGCACGUUACGUCCAGGCCAAGCUGAGUGUCCAUGACCGCUCUCUGAAGGUGGCAACAGUGAUUGAGAGUCUGGAGAUGGAGAUGGAGCUGCUGUGUCUGACUGGAGUGGAGGACCAGCUCCAGACGGAUGUCAGGCCCACCCUGGAGAUCCUCCGCAAUGCAGGCAUCAAGGUUUGGAUGCUGACAGGAGACAAGCUUGAAACGGCCACAUGCACGGCUAAGAACGCCCAUCUGAUCACCCGCAACCAGGACAUCCACAUCUUCAGAUCCGUGACAACACGAGGGGAAGCCCACCUGGAGCUCAACGCUUUCAGGAGAAAACACGACUGCGCUCUGGUGAUAUCAGGGGACUCGCUUGAGGUUUGUCUGAAAUACUAUGAGUAUGAGUUCAUGGAGCUUGCGUGUCAGUGUCCCGCUGUGGUUUGCUGCCGAUGCACCCCCACUCAGAAGGCCCAGAUAGUUCGGCUGCUGCAAGAGCGCACAGGCAAACUCACCUGCGCUGUAGGGGAUGGAGGAAACGAUGUCAGCAUGAUCCAGGAAGCCGACUGUGGCGUGGGAGUGGAGGGAAAAGAAGGAAAGCAGGCCUCGCUGGCCGCCGACUUCUCAGUGACUCAGUUUAAACAUUUAGGCCGUCUCCUCAUGGUCCACGGUCGGAACAGCUACAAACGGUCUGCAGCCCUCAGCCAGUUUGUCAUCCACAGGAGCCUGUGCAUCAGCGCCAUGCAGGCGGUCUUCUCCUCCGUUUUCUUCUUUGCCUCGGUCCCACUCUACCAAGGAUUCCUGACAAUUGGCUACUCGACUGUGUACACCAUGUUCCCCGUCUUCUCCCUGGUGCUGGACAAAGAUGUUAAGUCAGAGGUCGCCAUGUUGUACCCAGAAUUGUACAAAGAUCUCUUGAAGGGUCGACCGCUGUCUUUCAAGACAUUUCUAAUAUGGGUCUUGAUAAGUAUCUAUCAAGGGAGCAUCAUCAUGUACGGCGCGCUGCUGCUCUUCGAGUCGGAGUUCGUCCAUAUUGUCGCCAUUUCCUUCACCUCGCUCAUCCUGACCGAGCUGCUCAUGGUGGCCCUGACCAUUCAGACGUGGCACUGGCUCAUGAUUGUCGGUGAACUCCUGAGCCUGGCCUGCUACGUCGCCUCUCUCGUCUUCCUGCAUGAGUUCAUAGACGUUUACUUCAUCACCACGGUGUCGUUCCUGUGGAAGGUGACGGCCAUCACGCUGGUGAGCUGUCUGCCACUUUACAUCCUCAAGUACCUGCGAAGACGCUUCAGCCCGCCCAACUACUCCAAGCUGACCUCUUAAAGACUGAGACGAGCCCGUGGCCUCAUUUAAAACAGAAGGGUGUCCCUGUCUUCAUCCAGCAGACCCUGCGCUUCGACCAGAGAAUCAAACACCGGAUUCAUCCCCUUUAAUUUGUUUCUGAAAAGUUCUGCUUGGAAAUGUGAAAAGACGGACGGUUAUGUCAGGGACAGAGUGUUUACUGAGAGGGAGAGCUGGUGUGAUGAAGCAGCGUCACUUGCUACACGUGUUUGAUGCAAAGACUAUCUGAUGAUUUCUCUCUGCAGAGGCUGAGUUAGUUUAACAGACUCAUUUAUUGUCAGCUGUCCUCUCAGAAUUAUGAACUUAGAAAUGUCCUGAACAGAAAUGUCAUAAAUUAAGUUGAAAAUCAGUUCAGUAAAUUGUUGAUGUCCAAUUUCUUUAAAAGGAAAGUAGCUGGAAAGGUUUUGUUGUCUCGUUCACGGUGGAAACUUAAUUUUUUCCUAAUUUUCCAGUUCCAUCUUAAAGUAAAACCGUUUCUAUUGUUAGACACUAAAAUUGACGUAGCAUUCUCACUCAGGACUUGAUUCACACUCUCCUUAAACAGCGAUCUCUAAAUGGAGUCAGAGAAUAACGUGGUAAAAGAAAAAAAAAAAAAAAAGUAGUUUACUGGCUAGACUUUGCAUAAAACACACGUCUGCAAGUUUGUGUAUUUGUUUAUGCGUCACCGGGAUGCUACAGCCCGACACGGCGGAGGUGGUGUGGUUGUUUAUUUUAGCAUGACCCGUGGUGUCUGAUGUUAAAUCUGUCUUUGUCUCUUUGUGUGGACCCUGAGUUGUUAGUGUUGGUGGAGCGCGGUCCAAACGGCCACAAAGGAGUGUUGGUUAUUUGCAGCCGAAAACCUCCCGCCGGGCAUCCCGACUGUGUCUGCGAGGGAAUGUUGCAGCCUUCUAAUGUGGCUGCUCGGCAGGCCAGCGCCGGCCACGCUUCAGCAUUGCAUGAUGACUCACUGUAACAGUGACCUAAAGCCAUAACUGAAAAUACCCCGGUGACCGGCGUCCAGCUGCCCCCUUUCAUGCCGUCUAACCCAGGGCCCCCUCACUGCUCACUCCUACUAACCUCCACAGUUCAGCUGUGAACGGAAAAAAAAAAAAAAAGGGAUCAAAUCACCUCUCCUCAGUCACAUACAAUGUGAAUAUUGUCAAUAAGUAUUACUACUGCACAUUGAGAGAAACAGCUGAUAGGACACUACACUGCUCAUGUUUCACUUCAUUAGUGGUGUGAUGGUGGAGUUACUGUAAAUAUUUAUCAGCUAACAGAGUAACGUGGCCUCGCUGUCAGUUAUUUCCAAAUUCUUCUGUUUAUUUGGGGGAAAUAAUUUUUCUCUGGUGACUUGAUGAAUCUUGUUGUGUCAAAAGAGUGUCCAGGGUGCCAUAAAACUAAUCAUUUCACUAAAAUGUCCAACUAAAAAUGUUAAUCCCCACUGAAUUUACGAGCUGUUUGCACAGAGUUUUUUGUUUUGUACGACUGAUUAUUAUAUUUUUAUGUUAUAAUUACAAAACAUGAUGCUAAAAGUGAUUUGGUUGCUUGUAAAUAACCUGUUUGUUCCUUUUUUUAUUAUUAUUAUUUAUUAACAUUUAAUUUAAUGGUGUUGAUUGCACUCAGAUGAGCAGAACAAAAAAAAGGGAGGAUUGUGUUGAUGUCAAUGUUGUGCUGAUGAUUAAUAAUAAAUCUCAUGUUUUCUUUUAUUGUGCA